CCUGUUCCGUCUGUGAACGGAACUCGACUCAGAUUUGGUAGUUGUGUACGUGGAAGUAGCCAACGCAUGCGUAAUCCGACCGAGCUCUAGGUCUGAGGAGGAGGGCUGAGAGAACCAUCCCGAGCUCGGCGGAGACUGUCGGGGUCAUGGUCACCCGUUGACAGUGCCCUCCGAGUGGAGAAGGAGGCGAGGUCGUCCCGUUGCACCAUCCCUGGGCCUGAGGCCAGUCGACCCGGCCCUCGGCCUUCCGCUUAGUGCUCCCGCCACUGCCGGCAAAGGAGGGGAGAUGAGUUGGUUCAACGCCUCCCAGCUCUCCAGCUUUGCUAAGCAGGCCCUCUCCCAGGCCCAGAAGUCCAUUGACAGGGUUCUGGACAUCCAGGAAGAGGAGCCUAGCGCCUGGGCUGAGACCAUUCCAUUCGGAGAAACAGGAAUAAGUGCCCCUGUCAGUGGAGGAUGGGAUACUUCAAGCUGGGGAUUAAAAUCAAACAGUGAACCCCAGAGUCAACCAGUAGCUUCUCCUAAAGCAAUUACAAAGCCAGUUCAGAGAACUGUGGUAGAUGAAUCUGAAAAUUUCUUCAGUGCCUUUCUCUCCCCAACGGAUGUCCAAAACACUCAGAAGAGUCCAGUGGUAUCAAAACCACCAGCUAAAUCACAACGGCCAGAAGAAGAAGUAAAAGGCACUUUACAGGACUCCUUACACACUGGACUGUCAAGAACAACUGAAACAACAGAAUCAAAGGUCAAAGACUCUUCAUGUGCAUCUGAAGAAACUCUGGGAGUAGAGACUCCAUCAUCAAAGAUUGAAAGCAACAGUGAAGAAAUUGCAAAUAAAGAAUCUGAUCUGAAGGUAUCAACUGUAAGUUUGAAAGUAUCUGAAAAUGUAAUUGAUGAAAAAACAACCAGAGGACAUGUACCUAAUAUGUCUACACAGUCUCUUACUGUAGAAGCAAAGGACGUGGCUUUGGAACCUAAGGAACAAAAACAUGAAGACAGACAGAGCAACACACCCUCUCCUCCUGUUAGUACCUUCUCUUCAGGUACUUCUACCACCAGUGAUAUUGAAGUUUUAGAUCAUGAAAGCGUAAUAAGUGAGAGCUCAGCAAGUUCAAGACAAGAGACUACAGAUACAAAAUCAAGUCUUCACUUAAUGCAGACAUCUUUUCAACUUCUCUCAGCCUCUGCUUGUCCUGAAUAUAAUCGUUUAGAUGAUUUCCAAAAACUCACUGAGAGUUGCUGUUCAUCAGAUGCUUUUGAAAGAAUAGACUCAUUUAGUGUACAGUCAUUAGAUAGCCGUAGUGUAAGUGAAAUCAAUUCAGAUGAUGAAUUGCCAGGCAAAGGAUAUGCUUCAGUACCUAUUAUAGUUAAUGCUUCAACUCCAAAGGCUAAAAUCAUUGAAUCUGUUGAAGGAAAAUCUGAAGAAGUAAAUGAAACAUUAAUUAUACCCACUGAGGAAACAGAAAUGGAAGAAAGUGGGAGAAGUGCCACUCCUGUUAACUGUGAGCAGCCGGAUAUCUUGGUUUCUUCUCCACCAAUAAAUGAAGGACAUACUGUGUUAGAAAAAGAGGUUGAGCAAUGUGAAGCUGCUGAAAGUCAGCCAGCAGUACUUUCUGAGAAGGAAGACGUUUCUAAGACUGUUGAAUUUCUGAAUGAGAAGCUAGAUAAAAGGGAAGCUCAGUUACUAUCUCUUAGUAAAGAAAAAGCACUGCUAGAAGAAGCUUAUGAUAAUCUGAAAGAUGAAAUGUUCAGAGUGAAAGAAGAAAGCAGCAGCAUUUCUUCCUUGAAAGAUGAAUUUACUCAAAGAAUUGCAGAAGCAGAAAAGAAAGUUCAGCUAGCCUGCAAAGAAAGAGAUGCUGCUAAAAAGGAAAUCAAAAAUAUAAAAGAAGAACUUGCUACUAGACUAAACAGUAGUGAAACUGCUGACCUUUUGAAAGAGAAGGAUGAGCAGAUCCAAGGAUUAAUGGAAGAAGGAGAAAAACUUUCAAAACAGCAGCUGCAUAAUUCUAACACCAUUAAGAAAUUAAGAGCUAAAGACAAAGAAAAUGAUAAUAUUAUUGCAAAACUGCACAAAAAAGUAAAAGAGCUAGAAGAGGAGUUGCAGCAUUUAAAACAGGUUCUUGAUGGCAAAGAAGAGGUGGAGAAACAACAUAGAGAAAACAUUAAAAAACUAAAUUCUGUGGUAGAACGCCAAGAGAAAGAUCUUGGCCGACUUCAAGUAGACAUGGAUGAACUUGAAGAAAAGAACCGAAGUGUUCAAGCAGCUCUUGAUAGUGCAUACAAAGAACUUACUGAUCUCCACAAAGCCAAUGCUGCCAAGGAUAGUGAAGUACAGGAAGCUGCUCUAAGUCGUGAAAUGAAAGCUAAAGAAGAACUUUCUGCAGCAUUAGAAAAGGCCCAAGAAGAAGCCCGUCAGCAGCAAGAAACAUUAGCAAUUCAAGUGGGUGACCUUCGACUGGCACUGCAGCGUGCAGAGCAAACAGCUGCCAGGAAAGAGGAUUAUUUACGCCAUGAGAUCAGUGAACUCCAGCAGAGACUCCAGGAAGCAGAGAAUCGAAACCAAGAACUGAGUCAAAAUGUUUCAUCAACAACAAGACCAUUGCUUCGACAAAUAGAAAACUUGCAAGCAACUCUAGGCUCACAGACAUCAUCAUGGGAAAAGUUAGAGAAGAAUCUUUCUGAUCGGCUUGGUGAAUCCCAGACUUUGUUGGCAGCAGCAGUUGAGAGAGAACGUGCAGCUACAGAAGAGCUGCUUGCCAACAAAAUUCAAAUGUCUUCCAUGGAGUCACAGAAUUCUCUUUUAAGACAGGAUAACAGUAGAUUUCAGGCCCAACUAGAAGCAGAGAAAAAUAGGCUAAGAAAACUAGAGGAUGAAAAUAAUAGGUACCAGGUUGAAUUAGAAAAUCUAAGAGAUGAAUAUGCAAGAACACUUGAAGAGACAAGGAAAGAAAAGAUACUGUUGAAUAGUCAGUUAGAAAUGGAGAAAAUGAAAGUUGAACAAGAAAGGAAGAAGGCAGUUUUUACACAAGAAGCAAUAAAAGAAAAGGAACGGAAGCCAUUUUCUGUUUCUAGCACUCCCACAAUGUCCCGCUCAAGUUCAAUAAGUGGAGUUGACAUGGCAGGGUUACAAACAUCUUUUGUGUCUCAGGAUGAACCUCAUGAUCACUCAUUUGGAUCAAUGUCUCUAUCAGCAAAUGGCAGCAAUCUGUAUGAGGCUGUAAGGAUGGGAGCAGGAUCAAGCAUUAUUGAAAAUCUGCAGUCUCAGCUAAAGCUAAAGGAAGGCGAAAUUACUCAUUUACAGCUAGAAAUUAGCAAUCUAGAAAAAACUCGCUCAAUAAUGGCUGAAGAACUUGUUAAAUUAACAAAUCAAAAUGAUGAACUUGAAGAGAAAGUAAGAGAGAUACCCAAACUCCGAACUCAGCUAAGAGAUUUGGAUCAAAGGUACAACACUAUUCUGCAGAUGUAUGGAGAAAAAGCAGAAGAGGCAGAAGAACUUCGAUUAGAUCUUGAGGAUGUAAAGAAUAUGUAUAAGACGCAAAUAGAUGAACUUUUAAGACAAAGGCUCAGUUAAGCUUCUGGAAAUUACAUUCCAUCAACCUGAAUGUAAACAUUUACUAUCUACAUGUAGACUUCCAAUAAAUUCUUUUAUAGAAUUAGAAAAUAGAAUUUACUGUAGAAUACAACAAUUGAAGAAAAAAAAUUUUAUAGUAUAUAGUAAUAUUUGCAGUUAAAUUAUUUUGUGCAAUAUUUCAAUUUUAUUUUUAGAAACUAUUCUUUAAAGAUUUAUUUUUUGAAGUAUUUGUUUUUGGUUUUUGUCUUCAAUAGCACAGAGAUUUAUUACUUUAUCCUGUUAUCAGUAUAGUUAGGGAUGGAGAAUGGUGUUCAUAUAUGUAUUGUAGAUAUAUAACUAAUUGUAUCUAUAAUUUAUAUGUGUUUGUAUAUAUUGAAAACAUUUAACAAGUGAUAUUAACAUAUUAAAACUUUGAAAUCUUUCACUUAAGUCUUCAUAAUAUCUAGUUAAUAGUCAUUUAAAUUAAUGUUAAAUGUCCAACUAAAAAAUUAUUAAACCUGUGAUAAAUUUUAAACUAUUUUUUUUAAGUAGAAGUUACACUGAUAGUAUCUAAAAUUUAAAGGAUGAAUAAUUUGAACUUUAAUUUUUGUGGUCUAAAAAUUUGUUUCACCCAGGUUCCACAGUGGAGCCCAAUUUGUUAUCUAUCUUGAGAAAGCUGUAGCUAUUAGAAGUUAUUAGGGAGACUUGGGUAAUGGAAAAAAUCUAUUUAAAAUGAUUUUGUGAUGCUGUCAGUAACAUUUAACUGACUUUUACUCUUCUAUAAGAUCAAUUAAAGUAAUAAAGUUAUUAACAUAGCUUUGUCUUUAAUUGUUGACAUUUUGUAAAGUCUUAUUUUGGGCACAUUAAAAAUGAAUGUUUGAUAUUAUAGCAUAUUCAUAACAAGGAAGAAAUUUUAGGGGUUAAAUUAAGUUUGUCUUUUUUGGUGAUUCUAUAUAACGUGUCAAUUUUUCCUUGCACCAUGACACAUAACAAUAAUAUGAAAUAGUUUUAAAAAUGGCUAUUUCUUUUUCCAAAUAUUAUUUUGUUCAAAAGUUAUUUAGACAGACUGUUUGGACAUGAGAACUAUUUUGAUAUAUUUAAUUCUGAAUGCCAUUAAGCUGCCUUUACUUGCAAAUAAAAAGUCUGAUUUUUUUUUUUUUUUUUCAUUUUAAAUGUUAGGAUUUAAGAGCAUAGCCUCAUGUAAGCCAUGUUGAAGAAUUUGGAAUGCUUUUCAGGGCUAUUCAAGUGACCUCAUUUUUGGUUCGGUUAUUUUUGUUUGGGUUUUUUCAGAUAGUGUUUCUGUCAUUGGAUCUCUGAUUUGUAGCUUUAAUAAAUAUUCUUCCAAAUGAGUCAAAUGAAUAUAAUUAAUUUUCUAUAUUAUAGUGGCAAAAUGCAGACUAAAGGCUUUUUUUUAUCUUUUUAAUAUUCAGGGGCCAACAGGGAAUGAUAAGACUAAUAGCAAUAAGAAAUGUAUAGAAUUAGAAAAUGUUGCAAAAUUCUAUCAGUCGUUUGAAAAUAGAAAUUUAGAAAUAAUAAAAUUGUUCUUUUAGAUAUUCAUCAAUGAGGAAAAGAACCCCUUCCUUCAGUUGUGGAAAAAGAUUGAAUAAAACUCCUAUACUUUGUUUUAUAGCAUUAGACAUUCUCUUUUCUUAAUCCUUAUUAGCAUUAAAUAAAAUCAGUUCCAAGUUUAAAUGUUAGUGUUUUCAAUUUAUUUAAUUUAAAAAUGGUAAGCAUCUAUUCAAGUCUUUGUGUUGCACCAUAUGUUAUCCUUUAUUCACAGAUUAAUAAUUGAUUUUCACAUGAUCUUAAUUUGAUUAUUUUGGACUUACAACUCUCAGUACAUUUAUAAAGUUUAUUUCUUGUUAAGUAAAUAUGCUAAAUUAGUUUUUGAGAAAAUCCACAAUGUGGCAGACUAUUUAGAAAAUAGCCACAAGAAAAAAAAGUGAUAUUUUAUCCUUUAACAACUAUUUGCUUAGUAUCCAUACAUUAUGUUCCAGUAUAUCAAAAUGUAUCAUUUUAAAAAGUAAUAUAGCUUCCCCUAUUUAAACUAUACAACUUAAAUUUUGUAUUUUGUAAAGGGCUAAAAGUAUGAUUUAAACAAUAGACUAAUAUUUUAAUUCUCAGUGAAAGAUAAUAUAAAUUAUAAGGAUAGACCUGACUUAAGAUUUUAAAGAAGUAAGACCAUUUCAUUUUAACAUAAUUUAGAGUCAUCAGUAACAAUGCAGAUAAUCUUUUGAAGAUUAUAAAAUAUUGUCUUUUAUACUCUGAAAUUCACAUUUAAAAAAAAUGAGGAUAAACCCAGAUUUUCUGGAUUAUGAAAUUAAAGAAGUAGUAUUAGUUAUAGGCAAAAGUUUUUCCAAGAAAAAUUUUUGGAAAACAACUCUAAGAAUUUACUUAUUGUAAUGACUGGAAGGACGAUGUGUCUUUUAAGAAUCUUAAAUAGUUUAAAGAUAUUUUUCUAAAAGUCUUACCACAUUCCUGUAUUCAAGUAAUAACAUAAAAUAAAUUAUCCUCUAAACCUGAAUUCAUAUUGCUGUAUUAUUGAACUUCACAGUUUGAUCCUUUAAAGUAAUUUUAAGCUAUCACCUUUAUAUAUACCCAUUUUACCACAAUUGUGAAUGCAGAAAUCUAAUACUGGAUGCUGUUCCAGAAUUGUUACCUACACUGCCCAGUUCCAAGUGAGCUAAAUUUAAUAUUCGGUAUCCUCAUAAAAAUACUCAACAAGUAAAUGGGUCAUUUUGUAUUCAACUCUUUUCUUGCUUUUACAGGCAGUAGGGGUACAACAUUGUGUAUAAAGGUGUUCCUUUCAGUUUUGCACAAUGCCUUACCCGUAUGUCUCUGGAAAGUACUACCUUAGCUUUUAAAAAUACACAUUGUUCAAAAAUCUGUGAAUAUGUUGAUAGUUGUUUACUUUGGCCCAGGCACUGUAUAAGGAAUUCUAAUAAUAGGAUCAUAAUCCUUUAAUGACUGUUCUGAAAUAUAUAUGGAAAGAUCUGAAACUCAGUGUGUUUUUUCAGUUUGCUGUCAAAUGUGCUUUGCUGGUAAAGCCUGACCUGCACUGACAUGGAGUGCUUUAUAGUCUUUAUCUCAGUGAGUUCAUACUCAUUUAGUACAUAAAUGUACACAUACAUUUACUGCAGAAAUAUGUGAGAUUAGGGGGUGCUAACCCAGGCUACAAUGAGGGUGUUAGAUAAUGAAUGGUGUGUGUACCGCUGUAUAAAAAAAUUAAGAACACUUAAAGCCCAGGGAUUUUGGAAAAUGGAUUAUGUAUAUAUGUGCAGAAAUAUGAACAUACUAUCUUCAGUCAACCUCAACAUUGAUACCACUAUUGUCUUUAUUUUUCAAAUGAAGGAAAUGUUAAGUAACUUUGUCAAGGUUAUACAGCAAGUUAGCGAAAAAGCUGAAAUUAUGAUUUGAGCAGAUUGGAACCAAAGCCCCAGUUCUGAAUCAUUAGAUAUGGUUCGCCUGUGAAAUCAUAAGCAUAUAGAUCAAGUAGCAUAAAUUUUUACUCAAAACCUUAUCAGUUUAAAACCUCAAUACUUUUGGAUUAUGUUUUAAGGGGUUGGAUUAUCAAUAUAUGUAUAUAUCCUCUUUUCUAAAUAAUUGAUAGCAUAUUACAGAGAAGUAGUACUACAUAUUCUUGUUAGUUCAUCAUUUUGUUGACAAUGAGCUAUCCAAAAUGUCAGUGUAUGAAAACAAACUUAAAACACAUUUAGAAAACUUGUAAUACAAUGUAAAAAUUACAAAUUUAAAAGGGAAUAGAUCAUUAAUUCCUAUAUGCUCGUUAGCAUAGUCCCUUUUAACAGUGUCCAACAGUUCAUGGUUGAUUCUAUGUUACUUGCGAUGCACACUGAUUAUUUUGAAGCAAAUUUCAAACAUGGUUUGACUGCCAUUUAAAUAUGGAAUGUUUCUGCAGAAAGUAACCAGUUAUUUGCUUACAUCAUAAUUCAUACAGGAAAGAAUAAGUGUGUGUUCUUUUUUGUCAAGUUUUCACACGUUUGUUUCUUUUGUCAUCAGAGAGAGACAGUUUUUUUUGACUUUUGUAUUUGGUUGAUUAGUUGAGCCUUUUGAAUAUAUCUACAUGCAUUUUAUGUUUCAAUCUGUAACAGUUCCUUUUAUGGAUGACUUAAAUUAUCCAAGCCUGUCCUGAAGAAGUCUUUCCAAGUUGGUUCUGAGUCCUGAGAUGACCCUUCUAACCUUUGCUUCCUUGCUUGCUUCUGUAAGAUAGCCCCCAUUCAUCUUGUACAUUUCCUUACACAUUUUAUUCAUUUUCUCUCAGAAUCCAUGAUUAUCCCUCCUCCUAUAGAGGCUGUGUUCCUUUUAGUGAGAACUAGUUUGUAAAGACCACAGUCUGGGCACAAGAUGUGUUUCUCACUAUAGAGUUGGUUAUUUCUAGGCCUUUUCAGUGGGUGAUGGAGAAGAGAGAUGUUUUUAAAGAUAUAGCAUAUUGUUAAUUCGUAUUGCUACCUCCAACUCAGAUUCAGAACUACAAGAUUUUUAUAUGAUCUCAUCAGGCAUCUCUACACAUGUCAAAAAUUUCAACUUAAAAAAAUUUAGUUUCAAAGAUAACUUCUUUAUUUGAUAUAUCCCAACCAAUUUGACUACCGAGACAGCUUUGUCAUUCUGUUGGUCCUAGAGUUACAUCCUGGUGGGUUGAUUAUUAUGUUUCAAAAUCAUGUUUCAGUGUCACUUGGGAUUUUUCUUUUGUAUAUGCAUUUAGAUGGAUUUCAUGUCAUUUUAUUUCAAUGCUGACAUUAUCUUUUAAGACUAGUUUUAUUUAAUAAUGUAAAAUACAUUAAAGUAAUUA